CACGCGCUCACUCACUCACUCUUCCCUCCGUUUACCAAGAUGGCGGCAGCCUCAUCCAUCCAGGCGCUGUCCGUUCACUCCUCUCUCGCCCGGGAGAGCGCACUUUGCCCGUUGAUGGACAGCCAGGAGAACCGGCAGUCGGAUGAGGAGGCAGUCGCGCGGCGCUCCGCGGCCGGCCUGAGCCUCCGCGACCUGCCGUUGCUGGAGCCGGAGGAAGUGAAGAGGAGGCUCGCCAAAACUCGGCAGGAGCUGAGCAACAGGAGGAAAAUCCUCAUUAAGAACAUGCCGCCAGACACCAGCAGCCAGGAAGUCCAUGAAAUUCUGAAACAGUAUGAACUCAAGUACUGCUUUGUGGAUCGAAACAAAGGAACAGCUUUUGUGACUUUGCUGAACGGGGACCAGGCUCAGGAUGCCAUCCGCUCCCUCCAUCACAGCACUGUCCGGGGACGCUUGAUCAAUGUCACGUUGCAGCCCACCGAUUCCUUGCUCUGCCUCACCAAUCUGCCCCACACAUUUACUGCCCAGCAGUUUGAGGAGCUGGUCCGCGCCUAUGGGAACAUUGAGCGGUGCUUCCUAGUGUACAGUGAGCUGACCGGCCACUCCAAAGGAUAUGGCUUUGUUGAAUACAUGAAGAAGGACUCUGCUUCCCGUGCCCGCUCUGAGCUGCUGGGCAGGCCACUGGGAGAUCGGUCCUUAAUGGUCCAGUGGAUGGAUGUCAACCAGCUGACCCAAGAAGAGAGCCUACACUCCAAGUGUCUUUGUGUGGACCGGCUGCCGCUGGACCUGUGUCACUCUGAAGAACUAAACCAACUCUUCUCUGAGGCCUAUAAACCCGUCUUCUGUCAGCUUGCUCAGGAUGAGGGCAGCCCGGUGCGUGGCUUCGGUGUGGUGGAGUAUGAGAGUGCAGAACAGGCAGAAGCUGUGCUGAUAGAGAUGGACCGAAUGCUCGUGGGUGGACAAGAAGUCCGGCUGUCCCUGUGUACACCUGGCACCUCAGGAAGAAGCAGCCUGGCAGCACUCAUUGCCGCCCAGGGUAUGAUUCUGAGCAACAGGAAAGGUCUGCUACCAGAACCCAACCUGGCUCAGCUGUUGACCAGCAUGACCAACCCGGCUGCUCUGCAGAUCCUCAUGCGGCCGUAUCACACUGGGAAAAGAGGGAAAUACGGUCGCCACGGCAGCCUGCCGUUCUUCCGACCUCCUCUCAGCACAGCUCUGCUCACGCUGGGGAAAGCUCACCAGAGUGCUAUGCUUGGUAAUGGACUAGUCCUUCAGAACCUUUUGCAUAUGCAGCUCGCCCAGCAGCAGCUUCUACACAUCAAAGACAAACGCAUCCGCAGCGUCUCCAGUCUGCUCGGGGACCCAGCCAGGCUGCUGAUACAAAAAGCCUUGACUUUGAGGCUUCUAGGCCUCCUGCCGCUAGGAAAAGGUCUCCUCGGAGACUGUCCCACAGAUUUUGCCCAGGAGCCGGUGGCGGCGUCGACCCACAGCGCCACAGUUGUGGUAUCCGGUGCCAACAUAAUGCCACUGAUCCACAGUCGAGCUGCAGGGGGAGAACACAACAGCACCCACUCUCUGUCCGCAUUGCCUGCUCCCUCCUCGUUUUCCUACUCCACCUCCUAUGACAGGCAACCUGCACCUCCUGGGACUGUGGCAGGUUCCCACCACCAGGGACAUGGCUAUCACCUGGGAAUUAAUAACUCAGGUUUUGGCCAGCCUCCUCGAGCCAUUUAUUCUUCAACAGUCCAGCACAGUAGCUCAGACGGCUGCACCCUGGCUACCAUGGUAAGCAGUGGUCAAAAUUCUCUACUUGGUGACCCCCCUAAAGAAGUCAGACUGCCCUCUAAUCCUUACCUGAACCUAGCCAGUGUAAUGCCAGGAAUGGCUCUGCAAGGGUCAGUGGGGAGCAAAGCACAGGGAGGACAACCUGCUUCUGGGGUGUAUGGAAGCUCAGUGGCUCCUGUGGUCUCCCAGGGAUUCGGCUCCUUCUCCCACAGCAGUGCACCCACACCCACAGCUCCCUACAGCAGCGAAGCCUCUGUUGAUUACAGCCAGUAUAACCAGGCCUACACACAGGAGGCGAUGCAGCAGUGGUACCAGCACUACCACGCAGCACAGUCACAGACCUACAACACUGCCGCUGCACAGGAGACUGCAGCCACAGACUACAAAGACCAAACAACGACUCCUGCUGUGUCUUCAUAUGGAGAUUACAGUUCCUACAUGCAGGCGGUCACUCAGUACUACUCCCAGUCUGCAACGGCCAGCCAGGCUUAUGUCAGCAAGGAGGUGGACGUGUGCAAGUCUCUCGGAGUGUCUUUGCACGCUGUCAGUAACGGUGCGCCUCCGCCACCAGCCGUCCUUCCAGCUGCCACCAUGCUCCCUGCCUACAGCACCCUGCCGUUAAUGCCUGGGUUCCUCGGGGCGCCACACCCAGCAGCAUCUGCACCAAAUCCUGUGGCACACACACACACUGCCGCAACAGACUGGAAUACCUACUACUACAACCACACAAGGGGCCAUAAACGGGAGUACCCUCAGCUGGCGGUGCAGGAAGUGACAUCAUCAGAAGGCACCUACAUCGGGCAGCACUCGCAGGGUUUAGGUGGACAGUACGCCGACUACUUCAAGAGGAAACGGCUCUAGUGAAAACUGAACCACCUUAACGCCUAAAGCUUCGGGAGGGACGCACACCAGCAUCUGCUGGAUGUCACGGUGCCCUCUAGUGGCCUUUGUGUUGCUGCCAUUUUGUGUCCCAGUCGUGAAUCGGCUUUGGCCUGCAGGCAGCUUGAGCGAACAAAAGCCAUAGUGUACGUAAACACCAAAACAUGCUGUCACUUUUGUCCUGUUCAAGCCUUAACUCUUAAUUAAUCCAUUGGUUCUCAGUCAGUGUGUCAACUGUACUUCACUCGUCUUUUUUUUUUGCAGUUGACUAUGACCUGUUUGUUUUUCCACCCAGGCUGCCCGCCUGCCUCCUUCCAUCAGCUCGCUGUCAGAUAACGCCUCAGCUUUCCAAAAGACCAAUCGUAUGUGUUGUUGUACUGCCGCACUUUGAUUUUAUUUAGGAUCUUUUCGUUCACGCUUUUUUCUCAUUUACAUUUUAUUGUCCAGAUUUGUCGUCUGCGUCAGAGUGUGUGAGUUUACAUGUUUUUGUGUCUUGAAUAAUAUGCUGUAACUGUAGGAAGUGUCAGCCAUUUCUAUUCCCAGCGUCGGGAUCGCAUCAGGGAAAAGAGUCUGAACCAAUCGCAGCCCUGAACUGUGGCCACUUUGAAAUCGCUUCAUUGUGCGGUUUUAGCGGCCAGCGAAUGGACGGUUUAUUUGCAGACCACUGUACAUACUACAGAUAAAGCCAUGCGUGAAACACAGUAUCAAAUAUAACAAAUAUUUCCGUGGUGAUCGUAUCGUCCGACAGUAAAUGAAGCAAAAACAUUCAUCAGCCAAUGCUGUUAUAUAUAUUUGUAAUAUGAUAUAUCAAAAGCAGUUCAUGACUUUUAAUAAUAGUAGAUCAAAUUGCAUUAAUUUAAAUGUAGUUUGUUAUGAAUAAUUUUAAUAUUUAAGCCAUAUAUUGGUGCACAGUCUUUUCUCUGUUCUUGUUGUGCACAUGUUUUUAUCUUUCCGACUGUAACUGGACCUUUACUUUCUUCCUCGGCCUCCGUGGCACCAUUUGUAAAA